GUUGCUCUUCUUUCCUGUGCUCGUUACUAGAGCAAAUGGUAAAGUCUAUUGCUGAGUCCAAGAGAUCAAAGCAAAGUAGAAAGCAUUCCUCUGAGUUGCCUUCCUCCUCCUCAUCCGUUCGUCACAUUAUUCAGACAGACGGACUCUCUCUCUCAAUUUGAAACAUUGCACUAUAAAAAAAUUUCUCUUUUUUUUCUUUUUCCCAUCGGAGUCUCUCGAUUGAGCUUUGAUCACCUUAUAUUUUCAGUACUUCUAUUUAUGGCUACGUCAGCUCCUGUUUAUCCGGGUUCUCUGCCAAUCCCAGUCGACCUCUUUGUCUCGAAGAAACAUCCAGGACUGGCACCAAGUGAACUUGGGUUCGCUGAUUCCUUAGGGAAUUUAGUUUUCAGAGUCAGUCGAACUUAUUCGAAAAAAUCAUCAUCUCGUCCAUGGGUAUUGCUUGAUGAAUCGAAAAUUCCCCUCUUUUCCUGGUGUCGCCAAGAUAAUAGAUCUUGGCAUGUUUUCACUGGAGGUGAAGAAGGGGAGAAGGAAAUGGUAUUCAGAGUACAAAGAACAUUGAACAAGCUUUGUAGAAGUGAGUUAGAGGUCUUUCUUGUAGGAGAAAAUUCGGCAGAAUCAACCUCUGACUUCAACGUGAAAGGUUGCUCCUUCCAGAGAUCCUGCACCAUCUAUAGAGGCAAUUCCAUUGUAGCCCAGACGAGUCUCAUGUACAAGCUUCACCAGAUUUUUGUUGGAAGGAGUAGAUUUCGACUAACCAUAUUUCCUGGAUCUGUAGAUCAUGCACUAGUUAUAGCUUUGAUCGUGAUAUUUUUAUAUGGAUAAAAACAACUAAAUCGAGUUAAUACAUUUGUUCCAUACAUUUUUUUGGACAAGAGGUAUAUGUUUCUAUAUUACAUCAAACAAGUAUUGUGAUUUUGCAUAUUAGAAUAUUAAUCUUCUCUUUGUAAAGAUCAUGUCCCCAGUGAACCUGUAUGUUGAGUUUGUGAUUUGGAAUAUGAAUAUGUGGAUCUUGCUUUUCAUGCUAGCUCCUUUACUACUGCUUUGUGGAAUAUAAAUCCACUUUUUCA